UAUUAACGGACACAUUGUUUACUACUAAUUCUACUAAGAACAUAAAGGUUUAUGUUUCCAGCUAAUAAGCACACUAUGAGUAAAGUGGAUUGGUGAACAUGAUUCUGGAAGCUUGAAUUGAAUAUUAGUUGUUGUGUGGUUUGGUAGGUACUACUCCAUGUAUGGACAUGUUGAGAAGCUAGCACAAGAAAUCAAGAAAGGCGCUGCUUCGGUAGAAGGCGUUGAGGUCAAAAUAUGGCAGGUGCCUGAGACACUGCCAGAAAAAGUGCUUGGUAAGAUGGGUGCACCACCAAAGACUGAUGCACCAAUCAUCACCGCCGACAAGCUGGCCACGGCUGAUGGUUUUGUCUUUGGCUUCCCUACUAAAUUCGGGAUGAUGCCUGCUCAAUUUAAGGCUUUCCUAGAUUCCACCGGAGGUCUAUGGAGGACACAACAGCUUGCAGGCAAGCCAGCCGGAAUCUUCUAUAGCACCGGUUCCCAGGGCGGCGAACAAGAGACGACAGCGCUUACUGCUAUCACUCAGCUUGUGCAUCAUGAAAUGAUAUUCGUUCCGAUCGGAUACACAUUUGGUGCCGGCAUGUUUGAGAUGGAGAACGUGAAAGAUGGAAGCCCAUACGGGGCCGGAACUUAUGCCGGUGAUGGCUCAAGGCAGCCAUCUCAGCUUGAGUUGGACCAAGCAUUCCACCAAGGAAAGUACCUUGCAUCCAUCACAAAGAAGCUCAAGAAGGAACAAGCUGCAUAAAAUAUGUUGGCCUAAUACUUAUAGAUAAUAUUAAUAAUAAUUAUUCAACUACACU